UAUUGACGUGGUAUCUUAUCGGUUUGGGUCGAUAACGAAAUAUUUUGUUUUACACGUGAUAGUGGCCAGUCGGGAGUCGAACUUGCGAGCGCUAUGGAGGUGAUCGACGAAUUUUGCGAUCUGUUGCAAUCGCACGCCAAUCGGGAUAAGGUAGUAUCGCUAACCAGCUACAUCCUGAAGCUAUGGGGCGCUACAACUCAUCGCCAGGAUCUGAUGACGGCCAGCGCUCGGAUCGCCGCCGCUCGCGCCACUCUCCGACUCUUCGAUGAUGCUGCUGCCUUGAAGCUCGCGCUGAGCUAUGGUAGUGGCAAACAGGAUGGACCCGUAUGGGGAGCCCUCGGCGUCGCCAACCACGUGUUCACGCUCGCGUACCUGCAAGCUGAGAAGGUGGUGUGGCUGAUCGACACGGGCGUGCUGGCCGUGUCCAAGGACUGCGACUAUCAGGUCAAAACAGCACACAAGCUGUUUUGGUCGUUGUCAGCUUUUGUGGGCUUUGUCAGAUCAAUCCGCGCCCUAAACGCAUCAGCCCAACUACUGAACUCGCCAGAGCCACCGAAGUGCGCGCCGGUCCGCUUCACGCAGGCUUCCCUCACCACCACCAAGCUGAUCCUCGACGUCAUCCACGCCGUCAGCUGGUUGCCUGCCGGCUGGCUGUGGGGGAAUAGACUGAGCGCCCAACAAGCCAGCUCCGUGGCUACGGCGUCAGCUGUCCUGGGACUUAUCAUGCACUACCAUGGGAAGAGGCUGGUGCCCCGGUAACCGAACACAGGCAAAAGAUACCAAUUCAGAAAAUGAGAAUCUACCCUCUUUUCAAUACUUUUAUAGUAUUGACACAAAAGAUUUAUUUUAAUAGAAAGUUUUUUAAUAAAUCUUUUCCCUUCACUGAAUAGGAUAUCUAUGCCAAUUAGUAGUGUGGAAACCGGUGUUUAACCAUUCCUAACUGCCGUUUUAGAUAAACGAUCCAAAUUGAUUUUUAGACAAUGAAUGUUUUAUUGGCUUAUUUUGAUUGGUUAAUUUUCGGAAUCCGAUUAAAGAUUAAGAUUGGGAUCGCUUAUUAAACGGUCGUAAAUCGUUUUUGCUAUCGAUAGAGUGGUGCUCGAAUUUACUUUCUAUGUACAUAUUGUAAACUUAUUAAGAAGUAACUUGCAUUAUUUUAGUGAUCUACAACAUAACAUUACCAGUUACUACUAGUAAUUUUAUAUCACGAACGUCAUAGUGUUGUUUCUUAGAUAAAAACGAGAUAAGUGAGAAAAAACACUCGUGAGUUCAAGUUUAUCUCUUCAGAUGAUAUGCGGAAUCGUCAGAUUACUCUGUAAGUAGGAAAUACAGUAUUCCUAUCAUCAGCCUACAGCUGUCCACUGCUGAACAUAGGCCUCCCCUAAAGCAGUAUUCCUAGCCGUUUUCAAAAUAAAAGGCAAUACAUAUAUAUUUAAAAUGAAAGUAUUUAUAGUAUCUUACUUCUUAUUCUUACUAACAUUAUAAAUGUAAAUUUAUGUUUGGAUGUAAACGCAGAAAUAGCUGAAUGGAUUUGGAUGAAAUUUGUCAUACAGAUACACCAUAUCCUAGAUUAAAUACGCUAUUUUUAUCCCGGUAAUUUGCCCUCAUGGGAAAUAAUGACGUUUAUAAUAUUGUUUAAAGAUGGCGCAGGCGUCGUUCAUCUUGCUCUAUAAAUGGUUAGUGUUUUAUGUGCUUUUGUAGCAGGAAAAAGUUUACACGCAGCUGAAGCCGCGAGCAACACAUAGGUCUUAAUAAAAACAUAAGGCGGACUUGUGCACACAUAAUUAACUUUGGUCGCAUGUCACUGCACUCUGAUGCCUACAUUGUGCUUAUAAAUCUGUUAAGCCAAACAAGUUUCUCGCAAGACAGAAGCGAAAAUCGAAAAGUUAGAUAACUAAUUGAUCAUUGAAACUGGUUAACAUAUAAAGAACUUAUUAAUAAUUUACCAGUAGCAGCAGUACCGAACUACUUCUAAAAUAAUCUCGUUUCUAUUUCGCGAGAAACUGUGUAGUGUGUAUUAGCCUUUAGGUUUAAGGUGCCGACUAUGUCGAUUUAUAUUUUAAAAAUGUAAUUAUUUCCCAAUGUUGCCUAAUAUCUAUUACUAUAAAUAAGUAUUGUUAUAAUAAUAAUUCUUAUAUAAAUGUUACGUUGUAUAUUUAUGUAAAUACAAUAAAUCUUAUUUUUAAAA